AAAGCUGCUGGCCAACUAAUCUUCAUUUGUUUUAUGGCAAGCGCAGUUUAAUACAAUAAAUCGCGUUAAAGUAGUACAUUGGCUUAAAAUAAUGACUUCUUACGUGCGCGCCGUGUACGAUUUCUCUGGUGAGCCAGGCUCCUCGGAACUAUCAAUUUCGUCGGGUGAUGUGUUAUCUGUAACUCGUACUGACGUUGGGGAGGGCUGGUGGGAGGGAAAAAACACCCAAGGCCAAAUUGGGCUGUUCCCAGCAGCGUAUGUGGAAGUGUUAUCGGCAGCGGAGGCCCACAGGCUCACCAACCCCAACGGCCAAGGUCCCGGAACUGCCGCGCAGGAUUUGGAUCCGUUCGGUAUGCCAGCAAGUCGGGCGACGACCAACAGGUAUGAUCAAACUGCCGAGGACGAUAGCGAUGAAUGGGAAGAUGAUUGGGGUGAAGAUAAUGUCUAUGCGGAACCUGGCGCCCCGAGUAAAGUUACUGCACAGGCUCCAAGAACUGGGGGUAUUGUGCAUUCUACAAGUGAUUACGACAAUCGGCACUUACCUGUUGCGCCCAAUGAUGACACAGCAUCGUUGGCAUCUGCGUCGCAGGUCACAAACAACACGAUGAAAAAGGGCAUGUUUGCCAAGAGUUCCGAUUCGUAUAUUCUGGGACUGUCGAGUAACAAGGAGAAGAUACCAGACAGCGAGAUUGUGACCAUAACCGCAGUGGAGGAAUCGAUCUAUCAAUGGCAACCAAACCAUUCCACCUAUUCGGUCAUUGUGGCCAGUCCAAAAAAGGAGUCGAAAUUUAAAGGCAUGAAAACGUUCAUUGCCUACCAGCUGACACCUAGUUUUAAUAACAUAUCCGUGUCUCGAAGAUACAAGCACUUUGAUUGGCUCCACGAGCGUCUGGUGGACAAAUUUUGUUUGAUACCCGUCCCACCACUGCCCGACAAGCAAAUCUCUGGUCGCUAUGAGGAGCAAUUCGUCGAGCAUAGACGAGUGCAGUUGCAGGAAUUUGUGGACUGGGUUUGCCGCCAUCCGGUCAUAUCGAAAUGCGAGGUUUGGUAUCAUUUUCUCACCUGCACUGACGAGAAGAUCUGGAAAUCGGGGAAGAGAAAAGCCGAACGUGAUCCCUAUAUGGGUGUCAACUAUUGCCUGGCCAUUGUGGCACCAGAAAAGAAUCUGCUACAGUCAAAGGUCGAUGCACAAAUGGAAAGUGGUUCGCAGUUUAUACACAGCAUGGAUGUGGCCAUUCGAAAUCUGAAUACGAUUGCCAACGAUAUGGUUAAACGCUCGCUCACACAAAGCAAAAAGGAAUUUCAACGCGUUGGUGACGGGCUUUCGGAUCUGGCAAAAUCACUGGCCAUCGAUGAGAGGCGUGCGCCGACGCGCGAUGGUGUCCCACUCUCAGAGAGCGUGGGACGCAUUGGUGGUAUUUAUAUUGGUAUUGGACAAAUGUACGGGGACCAGCCAAAACAUGACUGGAUACCGCUCUCCGAUCGUAUGCAUAUCUACAGAGGAGUGCUGAACUGCUUUCCGGAUAUAUUUUCCACGCAAAAGGGUGCUAUACAAAAGCGCAAGGAUUGUGAACGCAUCACCGGCGAGGGCAAGAUGAGCAACGCUCAACUGCAGGAUGUAUUCCGACGCACAGACAUUAUAUCCUAUACGGUGCUCGCUGAAAUGACGCACUUCAAGGCGGAGCGGGACACGCAUUUAAAGCAAACACUGAAAUCAUUCAUAGAGGAACAAAUUAAAUUCUAUCAGGGUGUGGUCGCACGACUGCAGGAGGCCCACCGGCAGAUCGAGUAGGAACUGCACAACAAAGCAAGCACACACACACACACUCACAAUAUAUAGCUGGAAACAUUCGCACGAGCGCAUUACAAAUGCUUUAUACAAUACUUUAAAUAAUGUGGUUUUAACUGAAUGUUAAAAUAAUAUUCGAUACCUUUUGUUUGUAAGUAAAAAGUUGCAUAUUUAUACAUUACCUAUACACCGAGUGGAAUUUUAAUAUAUAUUUAUAUACAAAAAUAAA